UAAAAACUCAAUUUCUCAGCCUUUUUUCUUGCAUACGCUGCGCCUCGAUCCUCCUCUCUCCUCCCUCCUUCUAACCCUAAUAAAACCUUAUAAACAAACAAAGAAACGCAGUAACCCACCUUCUCUCCAUCGCCACUUCCAUUAUCCUUGCUUAUAAAAAAUCAUUUCAUAAGGGUUCUGGGUAGGAGUGAAGCUGUUCUUGGAGAUUGAUUUUCCCCAACUUAUUGUCAGCUUUUCUUGGAGAUUGAUUUUCCCCAACUUAUUAUCAGCUUUUUACACCUUUGUAAGCAUUAUGGCCGUCACUUCUAGGAUACGGCUUAUUUCCUAUUCACAAGAGCUUGUAGAUGGACAGCCAGUCUAUCUCUCUUCAAAUUCCCUCCCAAUCAAGGCAUUGAAAUUUGAACCUGCUGGUCAUGCAUUUCACACUGUUGCUCAAAAACUCCUUGGCUGCGAGGAAGAGGAUGUGGACAGUGAAGAUCAGAAAGUGCCUAAUGAAAAGGAACAGUCAUACAUGCCAUCUUCUGAUUCUUAUAGCAGCAAAGGUAAAAAGAAAUCUGGAGACAAGCAACAGGAUCACUAUGCCUUGUUAGGUUUGAGCCAUUUGAGAUAUCUUGCAACAGAAGAACAGAUACGGAAAAGUUAUCGUGAGGUUGCUUUGAAAUAUCAUCCUGAUAAACAGGCAGCUAUUCUUCUUGCUGAGGGAACUGAGGCUGCAAAGCAAGCCAAAAAGGAUGAAAUAGAGAGCCACUUCAAAGCUAUCCAAGAAGCAUAUGAAGUUUUGAUCGAUCCUAUAAAGAGAAGAAUAUAUGACUCUAGCGAUGAGUUUGAUGAUGAAAUUCCAACUGACUGUGCACCUCAGGACUUCUUCAAGGUUUUCGGUCCUGCUUUUCUGAGGAAUGGACGGUGGUCAGUAACCCAGCCAAUCCCACCUUUAGGCGAUGAUAACACAUCCUUGAAAGAAGUCGAGAACUUCUAUGAUUUCUGGUACAGUUUUAGGAGCUGGAGAGAGUUCCCACAUGCUGAUGAAUUUGAUCUUGAGCAAGCUGAAUCUCGCGAACAUAAGAGGUGGAUGGAGAGGCAAAAUGCCAAACUCACUGAGAAGGCAAGGAAGGAAGAAUAUGCAAGAAUUCGUACUCUUGUUGACAAUGCUUAUAAAAGAGAUCCAAGAAUAUUGAGGAGAAAGGAAGAGGAAAAAGCUGAAAGGCAGAGAAAGAAGGAAGCUAAAAUCUUGGCAAAGAAGUUGCAGGAGGAAGAAGCUGCCAGGGCUGCUGAAGAGGAGAAACGUCGUAAAGAGGAGGAGGAAAAACGUGCUGCUGAAGCUGCUUUGCAGCAGAAGAAGGUAAAGGAGAAAGAGAAGAAGCUUCUGCGCAAAGAGCGGACUCGUCUUCGAACACUUUCAGCACCUAUUUUGUCCCAGCGCAUGCUUAAUCUUUGUGAGGAGGAUGUGGAAAAUCUUUGUUUGUCAUUGGAUAUUUUGCAGCUCAGGGAUAUAUGCGAGAAGAUGGAGGGUAAACAAGUGCUAGACCAAGCAAAAGUGCUCAGUGAUGCUAGUGGGCACAAACAUGACUCUGAGAGCAUUAAACAAGAAGAGAAGAAGAAAUUACAGCAGAAUGGUUCUGUGGAAUUGAACGGAAGUGUCCCAUUAAGCAGCUUUGAAAAGAAAGAGAAGCCUUGGAGCAAAGAAGAAAUUGAGCUCUUGAGAAAAGGAAUGCAGAAAUAUCCCAAAGGAACAUCUCGGAGGUGGGAGGUUAUUUCAGAAUACAUUGGCACAGGAAGAUCUGUUGAAGAAAUUCUGAAGGCAACAAAAACUGUUCUCCUUCAAAAGCCUGACUCUGCUAAAGCUUUUGAUUCUUUUCUUGAGAAGAGGAAGCCCGCACAAUCUAUUGCAUCUCCACUUACAACUAGAGAGGAAAUAGAAAGGGUAGCAAGUAAACAAGGGCCUGAAAGCAGCGCCACAAAGAUUGAUGGUUCAGAGGAAUCUUUUAGUAGGUCUGCAAAUAACAAGAAUCCUGAUGAUGUUAUUGCUGAGAAUGGGGGGCCUUCAAGUUCAGAUCAGGAUGCAUGGUCCGCUGUACAAGAAAGAGCGCUAGUUCAGGCUCUAAAAACAUUCCCAAAAGAAACCAGUCAACGUUGGGAGCGAGUUGCAGCUGCUGUUCCUGGGAAGACGGUGAAUCAAUGCAAGAAAAAAUUUACUUUGCUAAAGGAAAAUUUCAGAAACAAGAAAAGUGCAGUUUAGUUUGUUGGAUAUUUGCAGCACGAGAUGCUAAUUUGUUAUACCUUUUCUUUCUUUAGAUUCUAUUCCUUUCAGGAUGGGAAUCACUGAGGCUGUAUGCAAGAAUAUAGCAAUUUCCCUUUCUAGUCUUACCAUCUGGCUUUUGCUGUUAUAUAUAGUUGACAGAUUCUACAGCCUCCAUUUUCAGGGGGAGAGCUAUGGGUGGAGUAUUGCAUGGUUUUGGUUUCAUCACGUUGCAGCAAGAGUAGACAAAGAUAUGUAGUCAGAAAUGAAGUGGCACCAGAUUCCUUGGAGAAAUUUUUAUAGGGUGUUGAUUCUAGUAGAAUCUAUUUCGGUUGAGAGUAAAGUUCACCAACUUUUCAUACCAAAUGAACAAGCGAUGUUACGAAUAUUUUAGUUUAUGAAAAUUUUGGAGAAUUUUUGUUA